GGGUCUUUACAGGAGACUUACAGGGCGUUGAAAAAAUCAUCUUGCCCUUUCCUUUUUCUCUCUUCCCUCUCUCACUUUUCCCUUGCUAACGAUUUUACCCUUCCCUCCCCUCUCUUCUCUCUCUCCCGAUCCCCUCCAGCAACCAGGCUCUUGCUGUCGCCGCCGACCGUUGCUGCCUCCUCGCCCUCGCCGCUGCCCCCUCGCCGACCGCCGCGGGCCGCCACCGUUUGAGUUAUCCAAUUUAUCGCUACUUCAGUUUAGAUCUAAAAUAUCUUCAAUUUAUCGCGAUAAUAUCGCCCUGUAACCCAAUUUGUAGAAGUCUCCAUGUACAAAUUAGCAUGACCCGCCAAGUAUUUAUUAAGCCCCAUCCGUCCAUAUUCUCACCUUUUUGUCGUUCAGUUGCUAGAUUGGCAUCUGCUUAUAAGGUCAAGCGGCAGAUCCAGAUCCGAAAGUUACACCAAAAAUCUUCCCCCAAUUCUUCAGAAUGUUCAAAAUCAAAUCUCUCUCUAGGUGGCAAAGUCAACCAUAAGGUUGGCACGGAUAAGAGGGAACCAUAUGGAUCUUCUGAUGAAGAAGAGUUCGAAGGAACUGUUCAGGCGGAUUUUGCUUUCUUUGAUCCAAAAUCUGAUGACUUCCACGGGGUGAAGGGUCUGCUGAUGACAUACCUUGAUCAUCAGGAAUGGGAUAUAAGUGGUUUUGCGGACCUAAUAUUAAGCCAAACAACAGUAGGGACAAUCAUUAAAAUAGAGGAAGAUGAUACACCAUACUCUGUCGUUACCGCUCUUAACUUGGGAAGAUAUAAGGAUCAUAAAUGUAUUAAGGAACUCACAGACUUCUUGCUUAAAGCAUGCAAGGACAAGGAUAUACUCGGUAACUUGAGAUCCUUCUUCAAAGAGCAAAUGCAGAAUGUCGGGCUUUUGGUCUCUCAGCGUGUUGUCAAUCUCCCUCCCCAGCUCCUGCCACCUCUUUAUGAUGCGCUCUUUGAUGAAAUCUCAUGGGCGACAGAAGAUGAGCGGACGGAGGAGCUCAGGAGGUCCUUUUGCUUAAAGCACUAUCUAUUGCUAACUAGAAUCUAUGAGCAUAUGAAUGGUGGAAAAAAAAAAGGCAGCAGUAAGGAGGCUACAAUAUUUAUUAAGGCAGAGGAUGAAAUCUUUUACCAGUUCCUGGUCCUUUAAGUUCCCAUUGCGCAUUGAGCAACUUGCAAACGAAGAGGUAUUUUCCAGUUGAUGGCAUUAGUGUUAUUAAAGCAACUAUUAUGAUUCUACAAUUACAAUUUUUUUUAGUUUGUAUAAUAUUUACUCUUUGUGUGACUCAUUGAAUGCACCAUGAAUCAAACUAGGCAUGAAUUCUUUUGCAUCAAAUUGGCAUCUUUAUUAUUCUAUUUUGUUUACUUUUAGAUGCUCAAUUUUUCUGAGCAUGUGAGAUUUUUGCAUCUUUAUUUUGGACAAGGGCAACAAGAAAUUGUUCAAAUCAACAAGUGUAAGUCAAAAUUAUGGGAAAUUAUUUCCUUAUAUUUAGAAUGCAUAUCAGGCCAGCCAAGUGGUGGCUUGCUCAAGCAUGUUCGAACUUUAUAUGUUCACUUUGUGAGUCAAUAUCAAAGGGCAUUUAAUGAGUAAAUCAGAGUCAAACUUGAGUGGCAUAGUUAUUGUACGUGCUUAGUUGUAAGCUUAGCUUGCUGAGUUUGAGAAGAGCUCAAAAAGUUGAUAAGCUCAAGGCAGGUCAAACAUGGGAUUAUAUAGAUAAAUGUGGCUUGGCUUGUUUAGAUAAUGAAUUAUGUCCAACUUAGACAAUCUGAACAGCUCUGAAGCUCCAAUAGCUUGCCUUAUUCUUUGCAUUUAUUGUUCCAAGUCAUUGCUGGAAAAAUGGAAUUAGUAUAACUGUACUUGCAGCUGAAGAAUUACAGGUUGAUGGGUUUAGUCAUGGUUGUUGAAGCAGAGAAGAUUUCAAUGUUCCGACAACAGUUGCAUUCUUUGAUAAGUGAAUCGUGAUGAUACUAGAAGAUGCACUGUCUCAUCAAUGAAGUGUGUUUGCUUCCGACAUUUCUCAAAUAAUAUAACAAGUAGAGCUGAUCGUUGUUUUUUAGCUCACCUGUUACCUAAUAGGGAAAUCCUCAUUAGAAAAUCUUUUGUGAUGUUGGUGGCACAAGUGCAUUAAUCUUAUUCAAGACCUGCCAGUUCUUUGUGGGCGUUUUAGUAGUAAUCACCAGCUAUGGUUGUUAUUUGUAUUGGACCUCAGUGAGUAGCUACAUAGACUUAAAGAGUUAAUUUUAUUGAACUUAAUGCUAGAAAUUUUGUUUUCCUAUUGUGUUAAAAGAGCAUUGUUUCAUACA